AUGCCUGCAAUCUCACCCAGAUAUAAAGUGCCCAAGGCUCAACGAUCUGCAGCAAUGUCGGGGCUGCGAGAACGACUUGAGCAGUUGAAGGCAGAGCGCGACAUACUACGUAAUAGGAAGAAAAAGGUCACGCCGACGCUGCGUGCGAUCGAAGGGCUGGAAGAAGAAUUAGAGCACUACGAAAAAAUGGAUUGGCGACAGCUCGAUGAGCAUGAAGCGAAACCGAGGGGAGAAAAGGGCGGUAAGCCUCGGCAGCCGCGAGAGAAGGGUGCAAUAGGUCUCUUCGUAAGCGAGAGCGACGAUUCUGGUUAUGAGUCUGAAGUUAUCGAACCUGUGGAGGCCUCGAUAAAUCCACUUAGCACCACUCCCAGCGACGGAAAAGAUCUACGUUAUACCAAGCGCGGCCGAGCAUACUACGUCAUUUCUCAGCACGGGCCCGAUGAGGGUUACAAGAUAUAUUACGCGAGGAAGGCUUCAUUACACGAUAUCGAGAAACUCGACCUUCUGCAGCUGACUGAACUGAGACCGGAUGGGGGAACUUUCAGGUUGGCAGGCAUCCAAGGCGUUGUUGUGGCACCAGAUAGCGAUUUCCGAGCUUUUGCUGAGAAAUGUCCGUGGCUCCAGAUCACAGUCCAGUAUGUCGACACUGCGGAUGGUAAAGAAGACGAGAACAAGAAAAAAAAUGCACAGCCUUCUUCAGUUGUAGUAUGCUGGCCCAAAGAUAUCCAGACGGUGACGGCAUCGUGA